CGGCAGUUCCCCGGCCUGAGAGAGCGAGCGCGGCUGCGGGCGCGCGGGGAGCAGAGGCGGUGGCGGGCGGCGGCGGCACCGGGAGCCGCCAAGUGCCCCUCCCCGCCCCUCCGGCCCCCCACCCACCCACUCACCCGCCCGCGGCCAGCGCCCAUGGCCGCGCGCGCCCCGCGCAGCCCCCCGGACUCCGCGCCUCGCGCCGCCGCCCAGUCCGCAGAUCCGCGCCACCGCAUCCAGUCUCACCUGGCGGCGCCGCCCGCCCGCCACCCCGGCCACAGCCCCAGCGCUCACGGCGAUAGCCGCGGCGACCGCGACAGCGGUGGGGGACGCUGCUGAGUCGAAGAGAGCGCAUCCUGGCCACCGGACCUACUUAACUCGCCUUGCUGAUUGUCUAUUUUUACGAGUUUACAACUUUUCUAAGAACUUUUGUAUACAAAGGAACUUUUUUUUUUUAAAGGCAUCUCCCUUUUAUAUUUAAUCCAAAGAAGAAGGAUCUCGGGCAAUUUGGGGUUUUGGGUUUUGGCUUCGUUUCUAAUUUUUUUUUUCCUCUUCGUUGGCUUUGGGGUUCGGGUACCCCUACUGCUUCGGACUCCCGAGGACCUUUUGGGCCCCCACAUUAAUGAGGCAGCCACCUGGCGAGUCUGACAUGGCUGUCAGCGACGCGCUGCUCCCGUCCUUCUCCACGUUCGCGUCCGGCCCGGCGGGAAGGGAGAAGACUCUGCGUCCAGCAGGUGCCCCGAACAACCGCUGGCGGGAGGAGCUCUCCCACAUGAAGCGACUUCCCCCAGUGCUUCCCGGCCGCCCCUACGACCUGGCGGCCGCGACCGUGGCCACCGACCUGGAGAGUGGAGGAGUCGGCGCGGCUUGCGGCAGCAGCAACCCGGCUCUCCUGCCCCGGAGGGAGACGGAGGAGUUCAAUGAUCUCCUGGACCUGGACUUUAUCCUCUCCAACUCGCUGUCCCAUCAGGAGUCCGUGGCCGCCACGGUGUCCUCGUCGGCAUCAGCCUCAUCCUCGUCCUCCCCGUCGAGCAGCGGUCCAGCCAGUGCGCCCUCCACCUGCAGCUUCAGCUAUCCAAUCCGGGCCGGGGGCGACCCGGGCGUGGCGGCGCCGGGCGGCGCGGGCGGCGGCCUCCUCUACAGCCGGGAGUCUGCACCCCCUCCGACGGCUCCCUUCAACCUGGCGGACAUCAACGAUGUGAGCCCCUCCGGCGGCUUCGUGGCCGAGCUCCUGCGGCCCGAAUUGGACCCAGUGUACAUUCCGCCGCAGCAGCCGCAGCCGCCAGGUGGCGGGCUGAUGGGCAAGUUCGUGUUGAAGGCGUCGCUGAGUGCCCCUGGCAGCGAGUACGGCAGCCCGUCGGUCAUCAGUGUUAGCAAAGGCAGCCCGGACGGCAGCCACCCGGUGGUGGUAGCGCCCUACAGCGGCGGGCCGCCACGCAUGUGCCCCAAGAUCAAGCAGGAGGCUGUCUCUUCGUGCACCGUCGGUCGGCCCCUAGAGGCCCAUUUGGGCACUGGACCUCCUCUCAGCAAUGGCCACCGGCCGCCUGCGCACGACUUUCCCCUGGGGCGGCAGCUCCCCAGCAGGACUACCCCGACCCUGGGUGCGGAGGAACUGCUGAGCAGCCGGGACUGUCAUCCUGCCCUGCCGCUCCCCCCGGGCUUCCAUCCCCACCCCGGGCCCAACUACCCUCCCUUCCUGCCCGACCAGAUGCAGCCGCAGGUCCCACCGCUCCAUUACCAAGGUCAGUCCCGGGGAUGCAUAGCUGGGGCUGGGGAGCCCUGCGUGUGCCGGCCGUCCGGGGCACACAGGAUGACGCUGACCCCACCUUCUUCACCCCUAGAGCUCAUGCCACCCGGUUCCUGCAUGCCGGAGGAGCCCAAGCCAAAGAGGGGGAGACGGUCGUGGCCCCGGAAAAGGACGGCCACUCACACUUGUGAUUACGCAGGCUGCGGCAAAACCUACACGAAGAGUUCUCAUCUCAAGGCACACCUGCGCACCCACACAGGUGAGAAACCUUACCACUGUGACUGGGACGGUUGUGGGUGGAAGUUUGCCCGCUCAGAUGAACUGACCAGGCACUAUCGCAAACACACCGGGCACCGCCCCUUCCAGUGCCAGAAGUGCGACCGGGCAUUCUCGAGGUCAGACCACCUCGCCUUACAUAUGAAGAGGCACUUUUAAAUCCCCAAACAGUGGAUGUGACCCACACUGCCAGAAGAGAAUUCAGUAUUUUUUACCUUUCACACUGUCUUCCCGGUGAGGGGAGGAAGCCAGCUGGAAAGCACUACAACCAUGGUCAAGUUCCCAACAAGUCAACUUGUGAAUGGAUAAUCAGGAGACACAGGAAACCAAAAGACAAACUCAAAAAAAAAAAAAAAACAGAUGGGGUCUGUGACUGGAUCUUCUAUCAUUCCAAUUCUAAAUCCAACUUGAAUAUAUAUAUUCCUGGACUUACAAAACGCCAAGGGGGUGACUGGAAGUUGUGGAUAUCAGGGUAUAAAUUAGAUCUGAGAGUUGGGGGGAGGGAAGACCAGAACCCCUUGAGAAUUGUUUUGAUGCAAUAUAAGCAUAAAGAUCACCUUGUAUUCUGUUUGCCUUCUAAAAGCCAUUAUGACGAUCUUAGAAGAAGAGGAAGAAAUUCAGGUACAGAAAAUGGUGUUUAAUAGCCUAAACGAUGGUGCUUGGUAAGUCUUGGUUCUAAAGGUACCAAAUGAGGCCAAAGUUCUCAAACUGCUGCAUACUUUGACAAGGAAAAUCUAUUUUUGUCUUCCGAUCUACAUUUAUGACCUAAGUCAGGUAAAUACACCUGGUUUACUUUAAUCUUUUUAUGCAGACAGUCUGUUAUGCACUGUGGUUUCAGAUGUGCAAUAAUUUGUACAAUGGUUUAUUCCCAAGUAUGCCUUAAGCAGAACAAAUGUUUUUUCUAUAUAGUUCCUUGCCUUAAUAAAUAUGUAAUAUAAAUUUAAGCAAACUUCUAUUUUGUAUAUUUGUAAACUACAAAGUAAAAAAAAUGAACAUUUUGUGGAGUUUGUAUUUUGCAUACUCAAGGUGAGAAUUAAGUUUUAAAUAAACCUAUAAUAUUUUAUCUGA